CUCCCAUUUUAUGCAGUGUCCUGCAACCAAUCAAUUUAAAACUAUGUUUAACAAGUGAUAUAUGUAGGUUAACGUAAAACUGUCUCCUAUACAGCACAAACAACAGCAGCUUAAUCAAACUUGCAGUAACAAUCUUUUUUAAUGUAUUUUUUAUUUUUAUUGUGAACAAAAUUUUCACAAUAUGCUGUAAAGUCCUGAAAGGAGCAGAGUCAUAUUAAAGCAGGAAAGGAGAAAGCAAAAGGAAUUCUUUGAAAAGAAGAAACUUAAAUCAAAGAUGAAGCUUCUGGAAACAUCAUCUCCUAAAAGUUCAUCAGUCAGUUUAGAUCUUCUCAAUCUAUAUGUUGUGAACCAAAUAUCAACCAAAAAAGACAGCACUGUGAGCCUGAAGAAGCCAGUUCACAUUGACAUCACUGGAGACUUAAAAGCUCCUGUUAGAAGGUACAACCUAGACCUUCCCAAGUCACCACUGCAUAAACAAUAUACAGCAAACUUAGACCUCAUCCAGAACAGGUUACAAGAGCAAGUAUUGGACAGCAGAAGGCAGCAUCUCUUAGAGAAGGGAAAAUACCAGCAUGAUUUACCACAAGUAACAGAACUAUCUUAUGCUGACUCUUGUAUGGAACAUGAAGACAACAUAGCAACAGCUUUUAGCACCUGUCCAUUGUCUCCUUCUGUUUUUUGGUCCCCUAACUGUGCACAGUUUUCAGAAGAAAAUUUUAAUACAAACCUAAUGGGUAAUCCUUGGGAAGAGAGCUAUGAAGAUAAGCAAAACCAGCCAGGAAUUAUUUCAGAUCAAGAUCCUUGGCUUUCAAAACACCCAAGCCAGUGUAUUUUAAGAAAGUCUGAUACAAUGCCUCCGGAGCUGUUUAAGCCAGUGCACAGGCUGGACUAUAUGAAUUCUGCCAGGAAAAAUCCGGUGAUAAUGACGAGUAAAGAAUCAGAAAACAGAGAAGGAAUAAAAGAAACAUUGUUUGGUGUCAUGAAAGAAACCACAGAACUGAAAGCUCCCCAGCAUGAAAGUGAUUGUCCCUUUCUGGCACCGUUUGAAGAUGAGAGCCAAUCAAUCCAUAAUAAUUCUUCCACAAGGCAUUUUAAUCCUUUUGUUAACCAAAGCAGUACUGCCAAUUUUUUCAUUGAUCUUGAUGAUAGAAAUCAAAUGACCAACAGAGAUUAUACUUAUGAUACUGGAGAGGCUCAUCCUGCAAUUAAAGCCCAAAACAAAUCCAUAGACAGACACCUGAAAGGCAUUUUCACAGCUCCAGAACAGGUUUUAUGUAAAAAUAACAAUGUGUCACUUGCAAGCUACAAGAAAGGCAGACCUCAUAACACCCACCUGCAGGACUGUCAUGAGGGACAGCACUACUUCGUUCCAUCUGGAAACAAAGAAAAACCUUCAAUACUUGAAAAAAGUGAGACAUUUGCUUACUAUCAUGAUCAGCAGACCAACUUAAAGGAGACUGUGCAGAACUAUUCAAUAAACAAAAGAGAACUCAUGUUUGCAUCCCUCAGAGAUGAGCCUGUGAAAGAAGCAGUCUGGAAACAGAAUCAGCUCUUUGGAUUUGAAGAGUUUGCAACAGCACAAGAGGAAGAGUGUAAGUUGGGAGUGAGUUCAAACCUUCACAAGAUGAAGAAAGCUCAAAUUUCAGAUGUGGAGUCACCACUCAGCAGCCCCUCACCCAGCUACUCUCCAAGACAGACAGAAAGCUGUUUCAGCUCUAGUCCUGACAUGUCUGAAGCGGAAGACCCAGCCAAAAAGCAGUAUGUGGACAAAAGGUGUUACCAGAUAGGCAAUGCCAACAACACCUCAGGUGCGGCAAGCAAAGACACCCCCACGGCCUCUCAGAGUGGAUCUGAGCCCCUCCAGCACUGCAGUAGUUUGGCCAGGGGAGAAGAUAACUACCUUCAGCAGAAACACACUAGUUCACAUGACACAGAGGAGGCAAAUAAAGACCACACUGCCCCAGGUGAGGGCAGCUCCUUACACCAGACCCAUAAAAAAGAUCACGUCGCUGACAGUACAAAGCGGGAUGGUUGGUCACAGACCGAGAGCUGUGCCCCAGAAGCAGGGAAGGUGGAUGUUGCCACCCAAUGUGACACCAUGCGGGUGUGCAGCUGCGGGAGCUCCCUCCUCUCUGCCCGCAGCCCCGAGGGGCUCCCUCCUCCCGGCACCGCAGGCACCACUGGAGGGCACAAAAUGCCAGAGCAUGAGGCGCUGCAGCCUGCAGGCACAGGCAGCACAGCGGGAAAGGCAGCUCUUUCUUCUGAAGCCGAGUAUCUGAGUUUGGCUGACAGAACAACUCUAGAGGUUCUGAACUACAUCGAUGUCAUGAAGGAGAGAGAAAAGCAGUGA